AGCGUGCUCUAGUAAACAAAGCACGCCAGUUCACUGGAAACGCUGAAGUCCCAUCAUCAUGUUGGGCUUACCUGCGGCGGUCACCGUGCGCUCACUGUGGUCUAUCUGCUGAAGUUUAUAAUGGGCGGACUGGUGCCCACUGUGUUACUGUGUGCUGCAGAGUGACUUGCGCAGGUGGACUAGUCAGACAGGUUUGAGACCGGACGCCUUUUUGGUUCGUUUACCUUUUCUCAGGGCGAUGUAGGUGAUUGUAAAGUUGCCAUGAAGAUAGUUACAGUUGUAGCGCUUCUACAACUGUGUCUGCGUGCCACAGCCUCCGUUUCGGAUAAUGACUCCACCGAAACGGCCCUGACAGCCGCACCUGGGGACGUCGCUCUACUUCCGUGUUACACCGCCGGUAAUGUAACACCGAAUUUAACUACAUGGAGGAAAAAUGGACAGGAAGUCAUUACAGAUGGCGUUUCUUCACCUGUCGGACAGCAGCAGCGCCUCGUCGUGCUGCAAGAUGGGAGUCUGAACAUCCGCGGGGUGACUCCCGGAGACGAGGGUAGCUACCUGUGCAGCUCCACGCUGCCAGGCAACAUCACCUUUCGGGCACGUGCGCUGCUUCAAGUAGCCAGUGGUCCAGAAAAUGUAUCUACAUCCAUCAGUCCAGCCUCCACCCUCUCCAACCGGACGCUCACUGUCCAUCGGGGUACGAGCGUCUCCUUUAACUGCUCCGCCUACUCGUACCCGACCCAGGAGCUCACCUGGUCCUUCCGAGGAGCCACGUCCAGCAACCAGUCUCUGGCCUCCUCCUCUAGUUCCUGGCUGGACUUCAGGAUAGACAACACGCAGCCCAGCAACCAGGGACUUUACACCUGCACGGCCAACAACACCUUCACCCAUCAGGCUGUCAAUAAGGACACAGAGCUGCUGGUUUACUAUGUCCCAGACAAACACCCUGAUUGUAUGUGGGCCCCAGCAGAGGACCCCUCCCACAUCCUGUUCAGCUGCUCCUGGUUUGGAGCGUACCCCACCCCUACACUGCACUGGAUGGAAGAGUGGGAAGAGCGGGACGACCCAGCAGCUCUUGGGAGAGGACCCGUGAAUGUAUCAGAGGUGACGGAGAUCCUGUCAGUGAAGCUGAACCGCUCCCAGCUGUCCGAGGGUCAGAAGCUGAGGUGCACGGCGCAGCACCCAGUCCUCGCUCCAGGGAAGGAGAAGGAGUGUUCGCUAACCCUCAAGCUUCCGUUUCCUGAAGGCGAGCCUCUGGUCACAGCCAUGGAUGGUACGAGCGUCACCUUAAUCUGCUCCGAGUCCACAUCCAUCCCACCCGCAAACACCACCUGGAGAAAAGGGCUGCAGCAGGAGGAAAUCAACCCCGGAUCCAAGUACAUUGUGUCAGAUGAAGGUGCCGUCCUGAAACUGACCAUAGUCAACAUCACCAAGGACGAUGAAGGCGUUUACUUCUGCCGCAGCGAGAACCCCCUCGCUGUCACAGAGCUGGAGGUCUACCUCACUGUGAGGACCUCCUCUGCAUAUACAGGAGCUAUCAUUGGGAUCUUUAUAGCCGUACUGAUCAUGGGCUCAGCAGCAAUCAUCGCUAAAACCGUUUUCUCCAGCCGGCACAGAAUAUGUCUGGGAGGUGGCUUCAGGCAAAUGGAGGAGGACAGAGGAGACGUGCUGAGUCUGGUGGAGUCUGACGACGAGCAGAUUUUUCAAGCUGCUGUUCCACGUCUACCUCCAACAACAAAUGGACACCAAACCACACUCGUACAGAUACACCGAAUCCCGUCAAGUGAUCAUGAGGAUGCAGAAACGGCAGACACAAGCCCCCAGCAGCAGGAAGAUACUGCACAGACAGAAGAGCCAGUGGAUCUUGUAACAUUUUAGGUAUCGGGUGAUUAAUUGGAUAUGUGUUUUUAUUUUAGGUAAAUAUUAUUUUCAUCCAAUGACAAUGUGAAAAGAAUUGGUGGAAGACUUGUGUAAAAAAAAAAAACAAUAGCUUUUAAUUAGUUUUUUUUUUUUUAAAACAGCUUUUCUAAGCUGAUUUCUAUGAUCAAUUGUUUGUACAGCAUUUUGAAUAUGUUGCUCUAUGUUGAUAUGAAUGCAGUAAAUUAAGCUGUUCAGACGAAUGUGUGAUUGUUUGCAUCUUUUUGGUGGUAAAAUUCCUCAUUUAACCUUUAUUUAUGUACAGUGCCAGACUUAAUGAACCCAUAGAUGGUUCAUGGGUGUCACAGUGUAAAAUGUUAAUCUGGACUGGAGUUAUUUCAAAAAAAUGUGGUGGAGUCUGUCAGUCAUGUCUGUUGUGUUUCUGAGAAUAAAAAAACAAACAAAGUAAACAUAAAUAAAAAAAAAACAUCUCUGUUUAAGGAAAUGAAUUCCAGCGAGUUGACUUAAUAUCUGGUCGCAGCAAGGCUUACAAAUCACAAUGUUUGUCAUUAUUAGUAAUAUUUAAAUACUUUGGUCAAAUGUUUAAUGUAGGAGUGCGAAAGCACUUCAAAUCAGGUUGUUUUGUGCAAAAAUAUACACAUUCUCAACAGUUACGACACUUAACGUUUGUGUUAAAAAAACAUGUAAUUUAAAUGAUUAAACAAACAAUUAUGUUCAA